AUGGGUGACAUUACUGCUCUCGAGGCUGGCGCCGCCUCACGGCCUGACUGGGACAACCUGGCCGUCAUUCACCGCAACACGCUGCAGCCACGCUCGGAUUUCUUCCUCUACGACAACGAAAGCAAUGCCUURUCACGAGACACGGACAAGGCGAGAGCACACAGUCUGGCUGGCCAGUGGAAGUUUCAUGUUGCAAACUCACCGUUUGAGGCUCCCAAUGGCUUUCAAGCUCCCUCUUUUGACAGCUCGAAAUGGAGCGAUAUCAGAGUUCCUGGCAUGUGGCAACUCCAGGAUUUUGGCCGUGGUCCACACUACACGAAUGUUCAGUAUCCAUUCUUUGUCGACCCUCCUCAUCCACCUUACACCGACAAUGAAUGUGGUUCAUAUAUCACCAAGUUUCGUGUGCCGGAGCAAUUCAAGGAUGAUCAGCUCCGGUUGCGUUUUGAAGGUGUAGACUCUGGUUUUCACGUUUGGCUCAAUGGCAACGAAGUUGGAUACAGCCAGGGUGCGAGAAAUCCUUCUGAGUUUGACAUCUCAUCCCAUGUCAAGCUUGGAGAGGACAAUGUUCUCGCCGUCAGGGUCUACCAGUUCACAGACGGGUCUUACAUCGAGGACCAGGACCAGUGGUGGCUCAGCGGGAUCUUUAGAGAUGUGUACCUUCUUGGAUUUCCUCGCAAAGCCCGUAUUGAGGACGUCUCGGUGCAGACGAUUCUGGAUGCCAAGUAUCAAGAUGCCACUCUCAAAGCGGCUAUCAGUGUCUACGGGGCGGGAGACGUCGAGCUCAAGUUGCUGGACGCUUCAAACAAUACUGUUGCCACUGCGAAACAGACCAAGUCAGUCCAAGAUAGUGGUGCUGUCGCUUUCUCCCUGCCAAUCAGCAACCCCAAGAAAUGGACCGCCGAAACACCAUACCUCUACAACUUGGUCGUCUCUGUCAAUGCCAACCAGUUCACAGCUCACCGCGUUGGAUUCAGGGUCGUUGAGCUCAAGGAUGGUCUCAUCAAAGUCAACGGCAAACGCGUGGUUUUCAAAGGGGCGAACAGACACGAACACCACCCUACCGAAGGACGUGCAGUGCCCUACGAGUUCAUGAAGCAGGAUCUACUCUUGAUGAAGACGCACAACAUCAACGCCAUUCGAACUUCUCAUCAGCCUAGCGACCCGAGGCUGUAUGACUUGGCUGACGAGCUGGGCUUGUGGGUCAUGGACGAAGCCGAUCUUGAGUGCCACGGAUUCGAAACAAUUGCCGACGCUGCACUGCCACCGGAUCAACGAGCCCUACCCUUCUUCGAGAGACAGAAGCUCACGAAGAAACUGGCAGCUCAGUGGACAUCCGACAACCCGGCAUGGAGAGAUGCAUACAUCGACCGGGCCAAGCAGCUCGUCUAUCGCGAUAAGAUCCACCCUUCUGUGAUCAUUUGGAGUCUAGGAAAUGAAGCAUUCUACGGCAGUAACCACGUUGCAAUGCACGAUUGGAUCAAGGAGUAUGACCCAACACGAUUGAUCCACUAUGAGCCAGAUCUCGAGGCCACCACAAUGGACAUGCACUCGCGGAUGUAUCCAGAUGUGAGUUUCAUCAUCGACUUCGCCAACGACAAAACCAAAACCAAGCCUCUGGUGCUGUGUGAGUACAUUCAUGCAAUGGGGACAGGUCCUGGCAACAUCAAAGAGUACAUUGAUGCCUUCUACGAACAUCCUCCUCUCCAAGGUGGCUGGGUGUGGGAAUGGGCAAAUCACGGUCUUUUGACAAAGACUGCAGAUGGCAAGACGUUUUAUGGAUACGGCGGAGACUUCGGCGACACACCCCACGACGGUAAUUUUGUCAUGGACGGGGUGAUCAAGUCCGACCACACGCCAAGAAGCGCCUUGGUAGAGUACAAAAAGGCUCUGGAACCUGUGCAGCUCGUCUCGGCGUCCGCGGACAAGGUCAAGAUCAUCAACCGGCUCGAUUUUGACACUCUUGAUCACCUCAAGUGUACUUGGUCGAUAUCAGACGAUUUCGGCUCCAAAUCCGGUGGCGAAAUUGUCAUUCCAUCUGCCGUACAAGCAGGAGCCACCACUGAGCUUCGUCUACCUGAGACGCCGUCUGGUUUGACAAAGGAGACGUUCUUGGAUCUCAGCUUCACUCUUAGGGAUCAGACUGCAUGGGCGGAAGCUGGUCAUGAGGUAGCACUGCUUCAAGUGCCACUGUCUGGCUACACUCCGCUUGCGAUUCCUGCUUCUCCUCAAGGAUCUCGUUUGGAAGCGAGUGCAUCCGGCACCACUCUCGCCAUUUCCAGUGCCAAGUCGCAGUGGAAGCUCGAUCUGGUCCGCGGUGUGCUCUCAUCCUGGGAGAAGAAUGGCAAGCAACUGAUAGCAAAGGGUAUGGAACCCAGCUUCUACCGAGCUCCGACGGACAACGACCGCGGAAUGAGCGGAUCCGAGUGGGAGGAGAAGUUCUUCCCCCUGGCAAGGAAUCACACGAGGAGCUUCAAGUGGCACGAGCAAGACGGGGUGGUCAUUGUCGAGUUUGAGCAGAAGUUUGCUCCGCCGGUCUUGUCGUGGAGUCUUGGUCUUGAGACCAAGUACACGUUCUCCCCGGACGGCUCCGWCCAGCUGCAGGUAAAGGGCAUCCCGGCAGGACAGAACCAACCCGAGAAUCUACCAAGGAUUGGUGUCACUCUUGGCCUCGAGUCAGAGUUUCAGAACGUCAAAUGGUAUGGUCGUGGUCCACGGGAGAGCUACAAAGACAUGAAGCUCUCCCAACGCGUGGGCUUGCACUCGGUGUCGGAAGUUGAGGAGUUGUGGGAGAGUCCGGAGUAUCCUCAGGAGUGCUCCAACCGGACUGAUACCCGCUGGUUGCAACUCUCUUCCGGCGAAACAACGUUUACUGCGCAGUUCUUGAAGUCCGGUGGAGGCGAGGGGCAGCUCUUCGAUUUCAUGGCAAGUCACUACGAUGUCAAGGAUAUUGAUGAGGCGCAGCAUCCUCAUCAGUUGAGCGAGAAGAGACAGGAGCAUGUGGUGCUUCGAUUGGAUGCUGAUCAUCAUGGUUUGGGCACGGGAAGCUGUGGUCCAUCGACUUUGGAUCAGUAUGUGCUCAAGACUGGGCCUUUUGAGUUUACUCUGCUCUUGCAUUGA